AUGGCGGCCACAAGCGAUAAUAACGGCAACAACGGUAGCAAUCAACAAGAGUCGCUUCCCAAACGGCCCAAUGGCAAGCGUUCGUUCAAUGGCAUCAACCAUCUUAAACUGGCGACCAACGACCUGUGGAAGUGCCACGAGUUCUACACCAAGAUAUUCCCGUUCACGCCGCUGCCCCAGUAUCACCACUACACGCCGGAACACAAGUUGUUUGCCGUCAUGUUCGAGCACGCACCCACCAAGUUGAUCGUCGAGGCGCGGUAUGAGCCUCACCAGGCCAAGGUCCAGCAAGGCUGGGACCCGGUGACAUGGGGCGUAGGCACGCGCGCCGAUCUCGAAGAGUGGGCGAAAUGGUUGGACGCCAAUUCCGUGCCGAGAAGUAAGAUCCUGACGGGGAUCAAAGGAUGGCUCAUGGCCUGCGAGGACCCGGACGGCAGGCAUGUCAGGCUGUAUGUGGACGACGAGGAGCAUGAAUGGACUGAUCAUCCGGACUACGAUGAGAAGUGGUUGCAUGGCCUCGUUGCUGAUCCCAAGGCCUAG